UGUUGUGAUGUGAAAGAAUCAUUCCUAUCCACUCAUUUCAUUACUAAUUAGCUUGUCGACAACGAUUUAGGCUAUGUUCAGAUCGCCUUUUGCUUUCCUUAUAACAAAAUUUUUUGGAUUUAGAUACGGAUGUGGUCAUAUCCGCACCGGAAUACAUCGACCUCUCUUAGUUGGCCCAAGAUGGUUAACACUAUGAAUCUAACAUGGUCAACCCUUUUCAGUUUUCAGGAGUAUAUUCCAAUUUCAACCCUUGAGAACUGAAAAUUCGAUGAAAGUCUAAUCUUCACUGUGAUUUUAUCCACAUUUCACAGGUUUAAUUUAAUUUUUAAGCAUCCUUCCACCUUCAGUUUUAGUUGACACAUUAAAAAUCUUAAAAUGCUUCCUUAAUUGAAGUUGAAUCAAAUGGAAACCUAAUCAGCUCAAAACAAGUGUCUAGUCUAUAUUUAAGAAUCUGUAGCUUCUCGGAAAAAGAUGGCUUCUUUGGUUGGAAAAGUUGUUUCUUCAAUAGAUCCUGCCCGUAGAGUAUGGGAAGAUCCAUCUUUUAUAAAAUGGAGAAAGAGGGAUUCUCAUGUGUCCUUGCGCUGCCAUGAAUCAGUUGAAGGUUCUCUCAAAUAUUGGUAUGAUCGCAACAAGGUGGGCAUUCUAGAAUCGAAACCUGCUGUCUGGAAUGACGAUGCUGUAGCUGAAGCCCUAGACAGUGCAACUUUCUGGGUGAAGGGGUUGCCUUUUGUUAAGUCCUUGUCUGGGAUUUGGAAGUUUGUCCUCUCUCCAAGUCCGACAAGUAUCCCUACGAACUUCUACAAUAGCGAUUUCGAAGAUUCUUCCUGGGAAGCUUUGCCAGUUCCUUCAAAUUGGCAGAUGCAUGGAUUUGAUCGACCAAUUUAUACGAAUGUUGUAUAUCCGUUUCCACUAGAUCCACCUAAUGUUCCUGUUGAGAACCCCACUGGUUGUUACAGGACAUACUUCGAAAUACCUGAAGAAUGGAAGAAUCGUCGCAUCUUUUUGCACUUCGAAGCUGUUGAUUCUGCAUUUUACGCGUGGGUUAACGGGAUUCCUAUUGGAUAUAGUCAGGACAGUAGGCUUCCUGCGGAAUUUGAAAUCAGUGAUUUCUGCCAUCCUCGUUGUUCGGAUAAGAAGAAUUUACUUGCUGUUCAAGUGUUGCGGUGGAGUGAUGGUUCUUACCUUGAAGAUCAAGAUCAUUGGUGGCUGUCUGGAAUUCACAGGGAUGUGCUUCUUCUUUCCAAGCCACAGGUUUUCAUUGCAGAUCACUUUUUCAAAUCAAGCUUGAGUGAGGAUUUUUCCUCUGCAGAUAUACAGGUUGAAGUGAAAAUUGAACCUGUCAGCGACUGCUUGCUUACCAACUUCUCACUAGAAGCUGUGAUUUACGACACUGCAAGUUGGUAUGAACGUGAUGGGAAAGUUGAUUUGCUUGCAUCCAGUGUUGCUCAUUUGAAACUUCAACAAGUCCCCAAUCCAGUUCUUGGCUUUCAUGGCUAUAUACUUGGUGGAAAACUUGAAUUGCCAAAGCUUUGGUCUGCUGAACAGCCAAACCUUUAUACGCUGGUUAUCAUCCUCAAAGAUGCAUCCGGCCAACAGGUGGACUGCGAGUCAUGCCAAGUGGGCUUUCGACAAAUCUCGAAAGCAACAAAAGAGAUACUGGUUAAUGGACAUCCAGUAAUUAUACGGGGUGUCAACAGGCAUGAACAUCAUCCACGUCUAGGGAAGACAAAUGUGGAGUCCUGCAUGGUGAAGGAUCUGAUUUUAAUGAAGCAAAACAACGUCAAUGCUGUGAGAAACAGCCAUUAUCCCCAACAUCCGCGGUGGUACGAGUUGUGCGAUUUAUUUGGUUUUUACAUGAUAGACGAAGCUAAUAUUGAGACACAUGGAUUUGAUUACUGUGGAUAUAUAAAGCACCCUACACUAGAACCAAGUUGGGCUUCUGCUAUGCUAGAUCGUGUAAUAGGCAUGGUGGAAAGGGACAAAAAUCAUGCAUGCAUUAUCUCUUGGUCAUUGGGAAAUGAGGCCGGAUACGGACCUAAUCAUUCUGCUUUAGCUGGUUGGAUUCGAGGGAGGGAUCCCUCAAGGAUAGUGCACUAUGAAGGAGGUGGAUCAAGAACUUCAUCAACAGAUAUAAUUUGCCCUAUGUAUAUGCGUGUCUGGGACAUAGUUAAGAUUGCAAAAGAUCCUAAUGAAACUAGACCAGUAAUUUUAUGCGAGUAUUCUCAUGCGAUGGGGAAUAGCAACGGAAAUAUUCAUGAAUAUUGGGAGGCAAUUGAUAACACAUUUGGUCUUCAAGGAGGCUUUAUCUGGGAUUGGGUUGACCAGGGGCUGCUGAAGGAAGGCUCAGAUGGUUGUAAGCACUGGGCUUAUGGAGGGGACUUUGGGGAUACUCCUAAUGAUUUGAACUUCUGUUUAAAUGGUCUUAUAUGGCCAGAUAGAACCCCUCACCCUGCACUAAAUGAAGUUAAAUAUGUCUAUCAGCCAAUAAAGGUCUUAUCCAAGGAUGGUGCCCUCAAGAUAUUAAACUCACAUUUUUUUGACACAACAAAAGAAUUGGAGUUCAGCUGGGCAGUUCAUGGGGAUGGAUCCCUCCUUGGAUCUGGGUUACUGCCUCUCCCUGUCAUAAAACCACAAAGCAGUUAUGAUAUAGAAUUUGUAUCUGCUCCAUGGUAUUCUUUGUGGGCGUCAUCACCGACAACAGAAGUAUUUUUAACAAUCACCGUCAAACUCUCGAAUUCGACACGCUGGGCUGUAGCAGGUCAUAUCCUUGCUUCCACACAACUUCAGCUGCCCACCAAACAAGAAUGCGGGCCACAUGUAAUCAAAGCCACAGAUGGUCCAGUUCUUGGCGAAUGUCUUGGUGACACUAUCAGAGUCAGCAAGCAGGAUUCUUGGGAGAUAAAAAUUAAUUCAAAGACGGGAACAAUUGAGAGUUGGAAGGUUGAAGGAGUUUCAGUGAUGAAUAAGGGCAUAUUUCCGUGCUUCUGGAGGGCACCUACAGACAACGACAAAGGUGGAGGUGAAACUAGCUACGCUUCCAAAUGGAGGGCUGCCCUUCUGGAUAACCUGUACUUCCAUGUUGAGAGCUGCUCUAUACAGAAUAUGACAGACUGCAGUGUCAAGGUUGCUAUAGUCUAUUUUGGUAUCCCGAAAGAUCAAGGGACCCCCCUUUCCAGUUCUGAAAGAUCUAAUACUACUUUUAAAGUUGACAUGAUGUAUACAAUAUAUGGUUCCGGAGAUGUGAUUCUAGAAUGCAAUGUAUGCCCAAGCACUGACCUUCCGCCAUUGCCACGUGUUGGAGUUGAAUUUCAUGUGGACAAAUCUCUAGACCAAAUCAAUUGGUAUGGAAGAGGGCCAUUUGAAUGUUAUCCGGAUCGGAAAGAAGCUGCCCAUGUCGGGGUAUAUCAGGAGAAUGUGGGUGACAUGCAUGUGCCGUACAUUGUUCCUGGGGAAUCUUCUGGUAGAGCUGAUAUCAGAUGGGUUGCACUUCGAAACAGUGUCGGGUAUGGCGUUUUUGCUUCCAUGUAUGGCAGCUCUCUUCCAAUGCAAAUGAGUGCUAGUAACUAUGGCACUAUGGAGCUUGACAGAGCGACACACAAUGAAAAGCUUGUCAAAGGAGACACCAUAGAGGUGCACCUUGAUCACAAACACAUGGGUGUAGGCGGAGAUGAUAGCUGGACCCCUUGUGUACAUGAUAAAUAUCUGAUUCCUCCAGCACCCUAUUCAUUUUCGGUCAGGUUUAGCCCUAUCACUCCAUCUACAACUUCUUCUGAUGACUUGUAUAAGCUACAGCUUCCGAGUUAAUAAUAUCCAUCUACUGCUCAGUUAUGGAACAGGACAAAAGGGUAACACAAACUUGUUGGUUAAAGAUGGAUGUUUUGAUUUCUGUUGUACCUUGCUAAGAGUCGAAAACUUGAAAUCCUACAAUGUAUUCUCUAAACAAAUACUGUAGAAAUCAAGUUUUUACCGUGCAGAUUGAUUGCAUAGAACACACAUUAAAUAUCAAUGAGUUGAAGUGUAGUUUGUGGCUUGAAUUCCGAA